CUCAUACGGCCUCACCCCCUGUCUGCCCAGCCGCCCCGGCGAACCUGGAAGCAGUCUGGAGGAGCGCACUGCAUCUUCCCACCCCUGAGCAGACGUCAAGGCCUGCGCUCCACUCGGGCGAGGUCACGUUAGUGACCAGAGAGUGUGAGAGGAGUACUCUCGUCCGCGGUGCAUUCCGAACUAUACCAUCACCUUCGGGUUAGAGCUGAAGGAGAUCCCUGCCAGGCGUUAGUGAACACCCGGUCAAAGACGACGUUCCUACUCCCCGACUUCCUACUCGUAGAUGCCCACAGCUACCCACCGAUCUGAGUUUCGGUAGACCAACAGGAGAAGAGACCCCUUACGCCCGGGUGGACUCCUGUGAUAGCGGAAGCAGGGAACCAGCAAUUUAAGGGACCGAUCUGGAUCUCCCCCCCCCCAAUCCAGGCAACGUGCGUCCUGGGGUUGGAUUUCCUCUGGGACCCCCAGGCCCAGCUAGACCCCCACCCAGCGCCAGCUCGUCUGCUAGGGGGCUAGAGGCGCAGCCCUUAGCGCCGCCUGGCACGCCGAACAGAAGCCGGCAGCGAGCCUGUCACAUUACAAGCGGUGACCGUGACGACGGCAGCAGUGGCAGCCCUGGCGGAAGACCCCUGGGUCUCCUCAGGUGAGCCACAGGCAUGGGCAGAGCCCGGCCAGCAGACCGAAGGCAGACCCCCCUCCCCCCCUGCCAGGGCUCUCGACAGGGGGCAGCCCCGAGACCCUUCGGGCACACGGACCGCCGGCACAAGAGAGCCCGGAGACGACAGAGGCAGGAACAGAGGCCUUUCCCUGCGACCGGUGUCUCACCGCACAGCCAGGCAAACAGCCGUCGCCUGGACUCUCACGCGUUCCCCGGGGGCUAUGUAGCUGUCCGCUUCCCUCCCGGAUCCUGGAUGUGCUGUUACCCCCUGACCUUGCUCCUACACAAGGGGACACCCCGAGCUCUCCCUGUUCACACCCCAUGGUCGGCGACAGGAGGGAUGUGUGGCGUUCUGGAGAUUGCUGUUCGUCUGGGAGCAUGUAAGCUGCUGUGUAACCUCCUCACUCUGCCCAGUGUCACAGCUCCAGUGAUCUCUAUUGCCUCCUGCUGUAACUGUCUGCUGCUGUUCACCGAUGUCAGUGUCACAGCCUUCUUGGCUUUGCUCUGGCUGGCUGACCAGUGGAUGCCACGUUUUCCUGUGUCCGGUGACAUCAUCGCCCUGCGCUUCCUGCUCUUCCUUGGCCACACCUACGGGGCCAUACUGGUUCUGACCACACCCCUCAUCACUGUAGAGACAGUCUGCAGGCUGCUCUGGCCCCUCCCAUGGCUGGAGGGACAAGAAGAGAGAGAGACAAGAAAACAGGGAGGCCAUGGCACGAUACAGGAGAAAGAUUGGACAAAAGGCUGUAAUCACAAUAGGAGAAAGAAAGGAAAAGGGCACGUGGAUGGAGACAGAGAGUCUGUGGUACACUUUCCUGGGUUGCUAUGUUGCCUGUUGGUCUGGAUCCUGUCUGCCCUCCAUGGCUGGCAACAGUGGGGUCUGGAGCAGGACCUGGUGGAAGACUGUCUCUGGGAUGGUGGCUCUCUCUCUGUCUGCCUCCCUAACCUGAUCACUGCGACCUUACGACCCCUGUGCAAUCCCAGCCUGAUCCUGCCCACUCUUGCUCUGUGCCUCGUCCUCACACUGAGCCUGAGAGCACUUCGAGGGAGCCUGACGGACAGCCAGACAGGGCAGGCAGGCUCCCUGACAGACCAUGAGAGAGGGCUCAUUGUCUACAACACACAUGGUGUGCGAUGGGGAGACACACUAUAUAGUGUACACGUAGUGAAAGCACACACUGCUGCUACACAUUUGUUCACUGGCUGCUUAAGCGAUGAGGUGGAGCUCAAGCACGCUGCAGCUGGAAAACCCGACAUUGCAACUCACGUAGGAUAUUUCACAGAAGCACGCAUUGGCCUGCCAGACCCACAGAGGGAGAAACAGAGGGUUGGGACAGCCACGCAGCUCCAGAUGGCUCACACAAGUACACUCCAGGGACACAACUCCACAGACACCAGUCCUGGGGGGAAGGUUUCCCUGCAGGACAGGGUCUUGAAGGGGCUGCUCUCUAGUGUUGCCAUCUGUUUGUUCCCCCCUGUCAUUGUUGUCCACACCUCACUGUUUUGGAGUGUGGAGAUGCUGUCAGACUGGGGCCUGAAACACUUACUCAACACGCCUCAACGAGAGGGAACGACGAGUAUCGAGCACACACCGUUGACAAGGGGAGUGACUUCCGAGCACACUCCAGGCAGAGAGACGUCUCCUCUGGACAAAAAAGCACGGACAUAUUGUUCGCACUACAAUAAAAGGGAAGAAGACAUAUAAGACACUUCCACGAGGGAGAGACCACUACUGAGCACCACAGAGACGAGGAGAAAGCCCUACUGAAGAAAAAACAGAGGGAGAGACACCUACCAGACAUGGGGACAAAGUUAGAGUGGAGGACGGGGGAAGAAAGAGGAGAUGUAGGCAGGAUGGGAAAAAGAAAAAGACAAAUGGAGGUGAAUACAGUGUGAACGUUGGCUUUAUCACACCAAUAAAGUACUUUGAGUGUUUGAACUUUAACUUGAAAGACAGACCAGGGAAUGUAAGAGUGAAAAAAGAGGGUUUUUAAUGAAACUGACUUGAACAGUCUGUACACCCAGCAAACCCAGACAUGUUUAAAAUACUCCCAGACUGAUGUCCUGCAGCUCACAAUAUAUCCUUUUAAAAAGUGAGUGUUUUCCUUUUUGGUGUGAAUCUGUGUGUGUAACCCUGUCUGCAGCAGUGAAAGGUAAUUAUAUUUGUGUAAGAUAGGAAAUCGUUUUUCUAGUUUUGCUGUACAAUAAUCCGAAAGCCAUACAAAAUUGUACGUGAACCAUGAUUGCUUUGUUUCCUUCCAAAGAUUAAAAUGACAGCAUUAAAACCCAUAAAGUUUACUCUUCUGAACCCAUAAUACAAGUGACCAAUAUUAGCAGCCCCUAAUGCCCAAAAAGUCCUGAGCAGUAGAUCACAUUCUGAGCUAAUUACUAAUAAGUGUUUGUGUUUUCAUGAUUUCGUUUUAGAUUAGAUGGAUCGGAGAUAACUAGACACAAUA